AAGAAAACAGUGUGUUAGUGCAACAACAACUUAGACUGUCAUUAGUGUUGUAUGAAUGAUUUGAUCUGCACCAUUGUGGCCCGUUUUCUCUCAAGAUUAAAAACAUUUUAAGCAAUGGGGACGGUUACAAACGUUCUUCUCUGCAGCUUUGUUGUGGUCAUCGCUCAGGCUGAGGUGACUUUGAAGGCAGACAGGCCCUUUUUGUGGGUGCAGCACGAACAGACAGCUGUCCUGGAGUGCUGCUACACCAACAAAGGGAAGUCGGAGAGUUUCAAGUGGGUGCGACGUUUUCAUGAAGGCAACAAAACCAAAGGUCCAUUUAAUGUGACUCUGACGGACCUUGUGACUCGAGAUGUAGACCCCAAAACAUCCUGUGGCGUCCUGAACUUCCUCACGGUCCAGCUGAAUGACUCUGGCAUGUACCAGUGCUGGCUGGAGGACAGCAGACGCUUAACGCAUGGCACCUACCUGCACGUGUACAAACCGCUGGAGAAGACGAUAGACCUGAAUGAAAGCACCAAAAACAAGAUCCUUAUGGCUGAGGGAGUGUUGCUUUUAUUUUGUGUGCUCCUGCCUGCUGCCACUCUUAUCUUCCAGUCAAAGAGACAUAACAAACUGGAGAUGAAGAAAGUGAAGACGGAAGAGGAUAACAUAUAUGAGGGGCUGAAUCUGGAUGAUUGCUGCGCCGCAUAUGAUCAGAUUGAACGCUCGCAGACACAGGGCCAGUACCAGGAUGUGUGCAAUGUUGUGGAGGAAGAGGAGGAGAUCCAGCUGGAGAAACCUUAAAUCAAAUGGAAAAAGGGAAUGGAAGAAAGUGUUUACGAUAGCUAAAGUCUAAGUGUGUGCUUUCUUAGUAUUUGACUUUUGCCGAUAAGAAACGAGAGGUAAGAUACUUUAAUGCCAUUGUGUAAAUGCUAUAGAAUUUUCUUGGUGACAAUCAGCCCAGCAGCAAUAGACAAGAUAAAAAUACAAACAUGCAGAUAAAAGAUAAAGAAAUAAAACAUCAUAUAUAACAUAAAUAUAUAGUGCUUUUGCACAUUGGGUCCAAUUUGUGGCACAUUAAAAGUGCAGUAGUGCUACGCUGUAAAGAAAAGUCCCUAGCAGUUGUUUGAAGGUGUGUUGUGUGUGAUUAUGUGCAGGGUGGGUGUGGUGGUGGGCGUGGCUUAUAUUAUCCAGGUAGGUUCUUCGGAUGAGGCUCAAGAUUAUAUUUUUGACCUUGGAAACAGCAGUUGAAAAAAGAACAUCUGACUAAAUGGUCCAGGAUCAUAGAAACCCUACAUCGCCAUCGUUCUACAUAUAUGUUAUAUAGAUCUUUUUUCUUUGAUACGUAACGCUUCAUAUGUUUUGUUUUAAAAAGGCUUGUGCUUUGAAACACAAAUAUGCUACAUUUGUUGUCAAUCAA